AUGCCGCGGUCUACGAAGAUAUCACAGUCGCCAGCUCCUUUCGCAGAUGAUAUCUAUGCAGCAUCUCCCGAACCAAGCCGCCAUCGAGUGAGCAAUGUAGCCCCUACUUCGAUGUCUCCAUCACCCGUCGCAUCAGUAUCGUCCGAUAAGGAAAACCGAUCAUCGCGCGCUCCGCUAGACAAAGGGAAGGGUCGAAUGCCUAUGGGGCCCCCAUCAGGUCCAUCGCCUGCGAAUGAGCGCGUCAAAAGAAAGCGCACGGCGGAUACCGAUACACCAGUAGAACGUAGCCGAAGAAGACAAACAGUAGAGGUGGAUGAAAAUAAUGUAGAAGGCGACUACGACCCGGAUCAGGAUAUUGAGGAACGCAGGCAAGUCCGAAGAGAGCUUCGGGACUUAACCAAGAGGGUCAAUGAACAACGAUCGGAGUUCCUGGCACCCGGCAAUACAGGUCUUCAGGACAUACUCACCAGCGCAGACCAAUGGACGAAUCAAGUAAAACAGACAUCAGAUGCUACUAUCGAUGCCCGCCUCCUGGUUCAAACGGCCGAUCUUUCCUACAAAAAGACUAUCGCCCUCACAACGGGGGAUACUUCACAAGGCGUGGAUCUGGAGGACUUUUUGUCAAAGUGCAGGGCUUAUAUGAGAGCUGCACCAGCUGGGGAAGGAGAAGGUGGUGGUCAACGAGCUCCUAGCAGUACCCAACGUCGUCGCGGUCGAUAUGAUGAUGAAGAAGACGAGGACGGUGAUAUGUUCGAUUGGGCCUAUUUCGGACGCGUCGCAUGUUUGCCACACAUCUCUCGACCGGCUGUUCCUGGAUUCCUUCUUGGCCCUCUUUCGGUAGAGAAGCGAGCAAAGCGCGUUGUGGUCAGAAAAGCAGCUCUGAAAAUACAUUCUAUCCAAGAAACGCGGCCGGAGGUUUUACAGAAGAACGACAUUGAGAAAUCCGAGAACGCAAAUCUGACGACUCUUUGUACACAAAUUCUGGCCAGGGCAAAGAGAGUGCAAGCAGAUGCGAUGACUAAGGCAGAAUCAGAACAUAACGAAAACAUGUCACAAAAAGAGAUAAACGCGGUUCUGGAUAAACAUGGCAUUUCAGCAGAUGGAGAGGUUGCAUUCUUGAAAUUCGUUAUCAAUCCCUAUUCUUUCGGACAAACCAUCGAAAACUUGUUUUACGUCAGCUUUCUUGUAAGGGAUGGAAAGGCUGAAAUCGUCGUGGGGGACGAUGGGAUGCCAUAUUUAUCCCUCCCAGCAGCGCGACUAGCAAAUGCUCCCCGUGACGAAGGUCAAUCCAAGCAUCAAGCUGUCCUGGCCCUGGAUAUGGCACAAUGGAAAGAAGCAAUCGAGCUCUUCGACAUCAAAGAGCCCAUGAUCCGACACCGAGAGGAAGAGAGCUAUAAUUCCGUGGGAAAGAAGGGUUGGUAUGCUUAA